UGCAGAACAGUGGAAGGCGCCUUCCUGUGGGGGUCACCGUGAGGUCAGCCGGUCAAAGGUCAGCAAGAUGGCGGCGGCGCGGGCUGUAUUGACGUGUGGACGUGUUUUUGCGCAAUCAGCUGCUUCUUACAGCACCAGGUCGGCAGGGAAGACCCCCCUCUCCCAGAAGUGGACUGUUCUGCAGCAGACGGUAAGACAGAAUGCUCGGCGCUACACCACCGGUCAGGCCGGUCGGGCGUACGUGUGGCCAGCCACCGCCGUCGGCGUCGCCUGCGGACUCGCGGUCGGAACGACCCUCUACCUGAGUCAGCGAGAGAAACCCGUCGGCGCCAAAUCUGUCCCUACCUUCGAGCACGACCCAACCCCGGGCGGAUUCCGUACGAACUUACCGGAGUUCUCACUUUCAGAGGUGGCAAAGCAUAAAACGAAGAAUGACCGCGUCUGGAUCACCUACAAGUCCGGUGUCUACGACAUCACAGAGUUCCUGGAGAGCCAUCCGGGCGGUGCAUCGAAGAUCAUGCUGGCUGCGGGCGGUUCUGUCGAGCCGUUCUGGGCGAUGUACGCCGUGCAUAAGGAGAACCCAGAAGUCUUCGAGCUCCUCGAGCCGUUACGCAUAGGAAACAUCAGCAAGAAAGAUCUCAUCGAGAUGCAGCAGACCAAGAAGGCCGAUCCGAAUGACCCGUUUGCGUCCGAACCCGGUCGCCAUCCGGCGCUGGCUCCAAGCUCGAAGAAACCGUUCAACGCCGAGCCACCGCAAGAGCUGCUGGUGGAUAAUUACAUCACGCCUAACGAGCUGUUCUUCGUUAGGAACCACCUGCCUGUACCACAGGUGGACAUGAACAAGUACGUCUUGACAGUCGGAGGCGAGGGUCUGAAGAAGCACUCCUUCACCUUGGAUGAUCUUAAGGAGAAGUUCAAACAUCGGAAGAUGGUGGCCACGAUCCAGUGCGCCGGGAACCGCCGAUCCAACAUGAUGGAGGUGAAGAAGAUUAAGGGUCUGAGUUGGGGGAUCGCAGCGAUCAGUAACGCUGAGUGGACGGGCGUGUACCUGAGCGACAUUCUCGCGCACGUCGGACUGUCCGACCCAGAGAACCGCGGAGAACUCAAGCAUGUGCAAUUUGAAGGUCUGGACCUGGACCCGGAGAGGGCGCCGUAUGGAGGUUCCAUCCCGAUUGAGAAGGCGUUGGAUCCGUCGGGUGACGUCCUGCUCGCGUGGGACAUGAAUGGAGAACCGCUCUCACGUGAUCACGGUUUCCCCCUCAGGGUCAUUGCGCCAGGAAUCAUCGGCGCCAGGCAGGUAAAGUGGCUGAGCAAAGUUUGGGCCAGCCCAGACGAGAGCCCGUCUCACUGGCAGCAGAACGACUACAAGGGUUUUGCUCCGCAGGUGGACUGGGACUCUGUGGACUUUAAGAAGUCCCCAGCGAUCCAGGAGUAUCCUGUCCAGUCCGCCAUUUGUGAGCCGAAGGACGGAACCGUGUGGGACGAUGAAGAGGAGGUGACAGUAAAGGGUUAUGCGUACAGCGGCGGGGGUCGGGAGAUUAUCCGCGUAGACGUGUCGGCGGAUGGUGGGAAAACGUGGCACCCCACGGAGCUGGUGGCAAAACCAAACCAGGGCUACAACCGCACCUGGGCCUGGACACUGUGGGAGGCCAGCGUGCCUCUACCGAAGGACGCUAAAGGAAAGAAGGUUGAACUGUGUGCAAAGGCAGUGGACUCAGCAUACAACACCCAGCCAGAGUCAUUCAAACCGUACUGGAACCUUCGCGGGGUCGUGGCCAACGCCUGGCACAGGGUGCACAUCACGGUGGAGCCACCAGAGGGCGACGAUGACUGAGUCCUGUUCUCACACCUCACCUUGUAGCAGGGUCAUUUUACACUUAACCCGUUCCCUGCUGCCUUAGUCCUUAUCCAAACACGUCAGGUGCCAAAAGGCUAGACAUGAAUGUUCACAGCAGGGGCAGGUUAAAGAGUGCAAUCAUGGAAGUCUACUUGGUGUAUAAUAGGGAUGUCUGAGUGUACAUUGAUGAGUUAACCAUCCCCUGCUGCAGGCAGAUGUACCAUGUACAUGUAUGCACCACUUUGUGUUGGUUACAGCAGGACUUAGCAGCUAGGAGGUUAAUUUGUCAUGGAUUUCUCACUACUUUUGUCUCCAAU